AUGGGUUCGAUAAGAACAUUUGAGCUAAAUCAACAAAUAAAGCAAAAGGGUAAGCUGAAUCAUUCAAUUGAAAAAAGCAAAGGUAUUGCAUUUAAAGUUUCUGAAAAAGAUGUUUCUGAUGAUGAGAAAGAUGAUGAAAUAGCCUUGUUAACAAGAAAUUUUCAAAAGUUCAUGAAAAAGAUUGGAAUAAAAAGAAUUUUUCAAAAACUCCAAAAGAAAGAGGAAAUUUUUUUGUGUUUAAACAAUACCUUGACUGAUGUCGAUAAAAAGGAAAUUGACUUGAAUUCAGACAAGUCAGAACUCAAUGAGGAAUCAUUGGCUGAAUCAUACAAGGUACUGUAUGGUAAGUGGUUACAGGUUUAUACUGAAAAUCGUUCCUUCGUUAAAAUGAAUAAAGAAUUAUCUCACAACAUCAAAGAUUUUGAAGAAAAGAAUAAAUGUUGUGAAUUUGAGUUGUGCUCAAAAAAUUCUGAACUUCUAUUUUUGACAAAAGAACUUGACAAAUUGAAAAGAAAUGUUAAAAUGCUAAAUCCAAGUUCUAACAUUUUUGAGGAGGGUUCUGUUUUUACAGCUGAACAUGCUGUUUCUACAGAAAUGAAGCAGUCAGCUGCUGCUUCUCAAAUGUGGUAUUUUGACAGUGGUUGUUCCAGGCACAUGACAGGUGAUAGAGAUUUUCUUGUCAAUAUUAGACCAAUACAAUGUGGAGAAGUUACUUUUGGUAAUGGUCUAGCUGGAAAUGUCAUAGGGAUGGGAACUCUUAAUUUUGAAGGUCUACCCAGGCUUAAGAAUGUAAUUUUGGUUGAAGGACUAAGAACUAAUCUUCUUAGCGUUAGUAAAAUUUGUGAUAAGGGUUACACUGUUAAUUUUGAUAGUAAUCGUUGCUCUGUUGUUAAUGACCAAGAUUUUUUUAGAGAAGAAUCUUAUACAUUUUAUGCUUUUAAAUCUCUUUGUUUGAAAUUGUGUGUGGAAAAAUAUUGUAAUAUUGGAAAGAUUGUUCGAAUUAGGAGUGAUCAUGGAAAAGAAUUUGAAAAUACUGUUUAUGAUGAGUUUUGCAAAUCUAAAGGUAUUUCUCAUGAAUUUUCUGCUCCUAAAACUCCUCAACAAAAUGGAGUCGUUGAAAGAAAGAACUGA